UAGAACUUCUCCAUGCUUCACUUCUCACUGAUCCCUGCUUCUGGAAAUAUUGUCACUACUAUUUUUGAAUUUGGAGCUGUUUGUACUCACAGCUGUUUGGAACAUUGGAACAGAAUAAUGGAUCUCACCACUUUUUACUUCCUGACCACUACUUUGGUUUUGAUACUGGAGCAUGAAGCAUACUCAGACUCCACCUCUAUCCCUGGGACUGGUCCAGAGGAGGGCCCCGUGAAGCUGCUUAACCACAGGCCCCAUCGGCGGGAGAGGCGUUGUUCCUGUGAGAACCUGAAAGAUAAAGAAUGUGUGUACUUCUGCCACAUCGGCAUCGUCUGGGUCAACACUCCUGGUCAGAUAGUGCCAUAUGGAGUGGGCUCUUUCCCUGUUCGACUGAGGAGAGAGGUGGGACGAUGCUUCUGCGCGGAGAGAAAUGACUUUGAGUGUCUUCACUUCUGCUCUGCCUUGCGUACACUCAAAGAAGGUGAAAAUGAUUUGGUCAAGAGGAGGUUUGCGACAAAGUUUAAGAAGCGAUAUAAGGCUGGAAUCUCGGAUGAAAGGAAGCAACACACACUAAUUCAAGAAACCUGAAAGGAGAGAAUGGAUAUCAUCCUAGUUCCAUGUGUCAUCCACUUUCAUUGGUGUCUUUUACAAUACGAUGCAAAAGAACAUUGUACAA